UAUUUUGGUUUGGUGACUUCCUGUGCUAGCUGUCCCCGUAUGCCAGUACGGCAAAAUUAAGUUAUUCAAGACCUACAUGUAUUGAUCACAUCGUCUCCGCUUACUGCGGACUGAGACUGAAGGGCGGGGAGAUACAACUGAACCGUGACCUACAUGUAUUGAUCACAUCGUCUCCACUUACUGGGGACUGAGACUGAAGGGCGGGCAGAUAUAACUGAACCGUGUCUUCUGGAGACGACAAGCGCACUGAAGUUCCGUCUGGAAUCAAAAGAUUUUGAAUCAAGGAAGGCGACUUAAGUUGCGUCACAUCCAGCCCAUUUGAUGAUGCUUGCAUAGUCUGCAGCAUUCUGUAAAGACUGAUAGCUGCUGAAGUUGAGGCAAUUUUUAGUACGCCGUCAAGAUACGCACUUCAAAACAUAGGACAAAAAGUUUGAUGUGAUCUUUCUGUAACAAAACCUUUCGAUCAAGUUCUGGGCUGAAUCAGCACCAGAGGAGGCCCACUUGUGGGAAACCAUUUGCUUCUGAAGCCUAUGAUAAAGCCUUUUCUGACUGAAGAAAUCUACAAACAUGUUGCUCUCCAUUAAGAAACCACAUAUUUGCGAGACCAGUGGUAAAGCCUUUACUGAGAAAAGUAGUCUACGUAUACAUGACAGGGUGCACACUGGCGAGAAACCGUACGCUUGUGAGACCUGUGGAAAAGCCUUUACACAGAAAGGUAGCCUACACAAUCAUGCGAUAGUACACACGGGUGAGAAACCAUUUGUUUGUGAAACCUGUGGUAAAGUCUUUAGUAACAAAAGUGCUCUGUGCCAACAUGGCAUGGUACACUCCGGUGAGAAACCAUUUGUUUGUGAGAUCUGCAGUAAAGCCUUUUCUACACGAGGUGAUUUAAACAGACAUAACAGGCUGCACACUGGUGAGAAACCAUUUGUUUGUGAGACCUGUGGAAAAGCUUUUACUCAGCAAGGUCAUCUUCAAGCACAUACCAUUGUACACACUGGUGAGAAACCAUUUGUUUGUGAGACAUGUGGUAAAGCCUUUACUGACAAAAGAAAUCUAGGCAGUCAUAAUAGGGUCCACACUGGCGAGAAACCAUUUGUUUGUGAAACCUGUGGUAAAGCCUUCACUGAUAAACACAGUCUACACAUACAUGACAGAAUACACACAGGUGAGAAACCAUUUGUUUGUGAAACCUGUGGUAAAGCCUUUGCACGUCAAAGUAAUUUACGCAGACAUGACAGGGUGCACACAGGUGAGAAACCAUUUGUUUGUGAAACCUGUGGUAAAGCCUUCACUGAUAAACACAGUCUACACGUACAUGACAUGGUACACACAGGUGAGAAACCAUUUGUUUGUGAAACCUGUGGUAAAGCCUUCACUGAUAAACACAGUCUAAACGUACAUGACAGGGUACACACAGGUGAGAAACCAUUUGUUUGUGAAACCUGUGGUAAAGCCUUUGCACGUCAAAGUAAUUUACGCAGACAUGACAGGGUGCACGGCACGGGUAAGAAACCAUUUGUUUGUGAAACCUGUGGUAAAGUCUUUAGUAAGAAAAAAUAUCUGCGCCAACAUGACACGGUACACUCCGGUGAGAAACCAUUUGUUUGUGAGAUCUGCGGUAAAGCCUUUUCUACACGAGGUGGUUUAAACAGACACAACAGGAUGCACACUGGUGAGAAACCAUUUGUUUGUGAGACCUGUGGUAAAGCUUUUACAAGUCAUGGUUAUCUACGCAUACAUGACAGGGUGCACACUAGUGAGAAACCGUUCGUUUAUGAGACCUGUGGAAAAGCCUUUACACAGAAAGGUAGCCUACACAAUCAUGGGAAAGUAGACACGGGUGAGAAACCAUUUGUUUGUGAAACCUGUGGUAAAGUCUUUAGUAAGAAAAAAUAUCUGCGCCAACAUGACACGGUACACUCCGGUGAGAAACCAUUUGUUUGUGAGAUCUGCGGUAAAGCCUUUUCUACACGAGGUGGUUUAAACAGACACAACAGGAUGCACACUGGUGAGAAACCAUUUGUUUGUGAGACCUGUGGAAAAGCUUUUACUCGGCAAGGUCAUCUUCAAGCACAUACCUUUGUACACACUGGUGAGAAACCAUUUGUUUGUGAGACAUGUGGUAAAGCCUUUACUGACAAAAGUACUCUAGGCAGUCAUGACAGGGUACACACAGGUGAGAAACCAUUUGUUUGUGAAACCUGUGGUAAAGCCUUCCACGUCAAAGUAGUUUACGCAGACAUGACAGGGUGCACGGCACGGGUGAGAAACCAUUUGUUUGUGAAACCUGUGGUUAAACCUUUACACAGCAAACUAAUCUACGGCAACAUCACAGGGUACACACCGGUGAGAAACCAUUUGUUUGUGAGACCUGUGGUAAAGCUUUAACAAGUCAUGGUUAUCUACGCAUACAUGACAGGGUGCACGCUGGUGAGAAACCGUACGUUUGUGAGACCUGUGGAAAAGCCUUUACACAGAAAGGUAGCCUACACAAUCAUGUGAGAGUACACACGGGUGAGAAACCAUUUGUUUGUGAAACCUGUGGUGAAUCCUUUCAUAAAAAAUGUAGUCUAUUACAUGACAGAG